AUGUCUUUCGCCGAAGUUGGUUCCGAUUCCCUUAGGCCGAUUCUUCUACGCUCGAGCACACCAGCUCCCAAUGAGAAAGUCCUGCUAUACCUAGAGGGUAUGCAAAGAGAGUCUAUGGGUCUCGGAUCUCCUACUUCUACUCUCAUGCGCAAUGGCCUUCCGUCUACAAGGCGCAGUGCCUUUGGUGAUGACGACGGCGCCUCCGAUCUAAACUCAAAUGUUCAGGAUGGUCGAAAGACUGAGAUGUCCAUCAAUGCUCAUUCUGCAUUCCACGAACCUGGUCCUCAGGAUCCCCCAGGUCCACGUUAUGAGUCAUUUGAUUCUGGUCCUUCGUUUGGCAAUAAAGGCCCUUUGCCUGACUUUGGGCCCAGUAGCGGGGCACCUCCCUGGAAUACUUGGGAGCAUUCUACAGUGGCUGGUGCCGCAAGAGUACCUCUCCCAAACUCUGUCACCUCCCCGACCACUUUCAACAUCAACAUCGAACCUCCAUCCACACCCAGCGGUUCAAAGUCGCGCAAGUCCACUUCUCAAGCCAGUGGUGCCCCUUCAAAAUCACGCAAGUCAGCUGCUUCCGUAGUUGAAAGCGAUUCACGGGAUACCGUUAGAGGCCACCACAAUACUCCAAGCAAGGCGCAUACAGCACACAGCGCAGCACCUGAUGAAAUUCCCUUGUCCCCUCGUCGAUCACGAGCCGGAUCAAGAUCACAAGUCCCUCCCGAAUACCCCCCUUUACCUCCCAGCACAUUGCUAAGUCCGUCAGGCCGAACCAGUCAUCUUCCUCUCUCCCCACGAUCGCACCGCCAUGCACCAAGCGUGUCACCAUCUGACUCUCCCAGUCAAGCCCCACUCAAGGCUGCUAGGAUGGCAGAGAGGGAACUACGGGAAAAGGAGAAGAUGCGCUCAGUUGUGAGUGGCGGCCCCAUGAGUGACGUCGAUGGAGCCGCAUCGAAACGUGGAGGUCCACUGAGCGCUGCUGGCAGCCCAAUGUCUCCCUCGCAUCAUAACCGCCCAUUCUCCCCUUAUCGUCAUGCCGCCACCCAAGAACCCUUACUAUUUACUACAACAAUGCAAGUCCAAAGGCAGACAUCUUCACAGUCGAACGCAUUGUCUCAGUUGAACGUGAAUACAUCUCAGCUGGACGGUGGUGGAGGCGGCAGUAAACUAUCUCAUGUGUCGCACCAUUCCCAUCACAGUCAUCAAUCCCAUGUCUCGCAUCAGUCGCAUCAUUCACAUCACACUCAUCAAUCGCAGUCGCGUGCGCGCUCGCCGGCACGCGUGGAAGAAGAUGGCAGAGCGACGCCCACACCCUCUCGUCCACAUUCUCCGUCAUUAUCCCUGAAUCAGGCUGAGGAGGAGAUGGUGGCAAAGGCAUUGGCUGAAUGUGGCGCUGGUAAUCGCACUUCGUACGCUCCUAGUACUCUCGAACCAGAAAUCAUUGACUCCCACUUCCACGAUAUGGACCUUUGCAUCUUGCUUCAUCAAAUGGACGAUAACACGACCCAUGAAGUGGUGAAGAAGGCGCUGCGGAAAGCAUUGAGGCAGCGCGUCAAGAAGCUGGGCAUGAAAUACGACCAAGAUUCCAUGCGACAGUACAGGAAGUCAUUCCAUGAUCAUGAUCCUAGCGUCCAUCUGGAUGCGGGUUUCCAGCCAAACACACAAGAGCCACCUGAAUGGGCCAAAGAGCUUAUGAGCGGAAUGAUAAGAGUCCAGGAGCGUCUUGAAACUCUCAGCCCUCAGUCAUUGAAUGCGCCCAUGCCACCUCGCAGCCAACAAUCAUAUGCCGAGUCUGCUGCUUCUCGAGACCAAUACAGAGGGGAGACGGAAUAUUCAGAAAACAUGGAUCAGUACGGUCAAACCCCGCGGACCCAAACCGUGAACAUCAACACGCAACCCACCGGCACGAUUCCAGAGUCGAUGUACCAAAAUGAAACCGGUAUCAUCGUUGAAGAAGAUGACGAAAUUUAUGGUGAUCACACAGAACUUGAGCAACGGUUCGGCGCUACUACGAUCACUGAGACACGGGGAGGCAUAAGCGAGUUUUUGAGUGGCGAUCGAGACGACUCCCCAGGUCAGCAGUUCUUGGAGGAGGAGCUGUACAAGUUGCGUGUGAAGCCUGGAGGAAGCCAGUCGGCCAUUACGCACAAGACUUGGGAAGUCGCGAGAGAUGACCAGGACGAGUUCGAGGAGGGUCAUGGAGCGUUCACUGAGUCUGGUCUACCCGAAAUUCCGGACUCGGGCAACUACACCGAGCGCCGUCAGCCCUCCCCGCCUCUACCGCCAAUUCCCGGACAAGAGAUCAGUCGACGCGAGAUGAUGCCUUCUCAGAACUCGCAAAUUCGGAAUCCUGGUCAUGACUACGGCGAACUCGGUCCCCCACCAUGGCAGCGCAUCCAUCAGCGCCUCCUUAAUUGGGCUAUCAUAUGGCCAAUGAGCGAGAUUGAUGGAGCGCUCAACAGCACAACUCGAGGACAGCAGGUGGAUGAAGUCGCGCUGAGCAUUUGGUCAACGCAGACGUACAAGCGAUACGUGAGAAGCCGCAUGACAGAUACUCCGGGUGGGCGUGUGGACAGGCUUUUCGUUCCUCCAAAUAUGGCAGAUGCGAUCAGCACUGCUGUGUUCAAUGGCCGGCACGGAGAUGCGUGUGGAAUGCUGAGGGAUCUAUGGUCGCCUUUUGGUUUCGAAGGUGCUCCGCGAUUGAUCGUUGUACUUGCGAAACAUCGGUCGGAUGCAGGUCAUUGGGUCGUCCACAGAUUCUCACUCCCUGAUGGUGCACUCACGACAUACGACUCGUAUCCUGAGCGAACUCUUCCCGAUGGACGGCCUCUUGGUUGGUGGUUUGCCAUCCGAGUAGCAUGGCCCGGUGCCAUUUAUGCAAACCCAGACCACCUCAUGCAAAAGAUGGUUCGCCUGCACCGUCCGAUGCAGCUCAACAUCGACAACUCCGUCGCCGCAGCUGGUAUCUGGCGAAACGUGCUCAUGGGCUCUCGCGCGGAACGCAGUCUUGACCUGGAACGUCUCCGGGAUUUGAUCAAUACAGAGGUGAAGAAUUUGAGGCAGCGCAAACAGCAGGGGAAGUUGUCGAUCAGCUCGCCUAAAGCGAAUUGGGAGGAUGUUUAG